AUUAUUUCCAAUAAAACGUCUGAAUGAUUACCAAUCAAUAUUUUUAAAUGCUGUUGAACACAUUUAUGAUGGUUAUCAAUCCGAUUGGCCAAUGUUUAUGGUAUUGUGUCAACCAAAAGAGAAUAUACUCACUAGUAAAUUUCAUUUUAAUUGGAAUAAUCAUAAUAAUGUGAAGUUUAAUCAGUUGGAACGCUUAUUCAUAUGUGGUUCAUAUCCACCAAUAGCAAAACAAGAAAAAACUCCUACUGAACUGCCCCCAUCCCCUGAUAGUAAUAGUAAUAAUAAUAACAAUAAAUUAAUGUAUAAUAUACUUCUUCUAGGCAUUGAUUCAAUUUCGCGUCUAUCAGCCUAUCGGUAUUUCGUUAAAACAAUGAAAUUCCUUCAGGAAAUUAAUGAAAGCGCCACUACAAUGAAUAUUUAUAAUGUGAUAGGCGAUGGAACAACAGUCAACUUACUCGGACUUUUAACCGGACAACUAGAAUCCGAAUUACCUGAAUCAAGAAAAUCAUAUAUGAAAUUCAAUAAAAAUAUUACAAAUUUGAAACAGAAUGAUAAUUAUACCGUUUUGGACAACUAUCCUUGGAUUUGGAGGGAAUUUUCUGAAUUCGGUAAUUAUGUAACACAUUAUAUUGAAGAUACACCGAAAUGGGGAACAUUUCAGCAUAGACUGUGUGGUUUUGGAGCGUUGAAUACACCAACAACCAGUUAUGGACGUCCAUGUUUAGUAGCAGCUAGUCAAGAGGAACAGUAUUCAGGAAAGAUUCUUGGAUGUACAAUGUCAAGAUAUACGCAUCAAGUGCUAUUGGAGUCGCUUACCGAAUUCUUUUCAACUUAUUCUGAUAGACCACGUUUCAGUUUAACGUUUCUUAGUGAAUUAAUCCAUGAGAAUCCAGCCUAUGGAAAGCUGUUAGAUGAAGACAUAGAGAAACUGAUAAAGAGAAUCUAUCAUGAAGAUGAAGAAGCUAAUAAUUCAACUGAACACAGCUCUUAUUCUUCCAAGUAUCCAUUUGCAAAUACAUUAGUUAUACUAUUCUCUGACCAUGGACCGCGUAUGGGUGAUGCCCGAUUAUCAGUUCAGGGUAAACUAGAAGAAAGAUUACCGUUUAUGUCAAUCAUUUUACCGAAGAGACUAAGAGAAAAAUGGCCUGAAAAAUCAGCAAAUAUAAAGCAUAAUCAAAACAGGUUGGUAACACUAUUCGAUGUUCAUGCAACACUACGCGAUCUACUAAUCAAUCAAUUAAAGUGGAAUAAUAACAAUCAUAACAGUGGAAGCAAUGAUUACUUCUCAGAAUUAAUUAACAAAAUCCCCUUGAAGUGGAAAAUUAAUCCAACUCGUGGUUUAUCAUUAUUCAAUCGAAUACCAAUUAAUCGCAAUUGUGAUGAUGCCUAUAUUAGUUCACACUGGUGUGUUUGCUUAAACUGGAUUCCAGUAUUAAAAGAUUUCAGCUCUUCCAUAAUUUUAUCAAAUCCACUUAUAUUUAAGAGUACAAAUGCAAUUAUUAAUGAAAUUAAUGGAAUUAUUGUAAGAUACAAACCUCAUACAACAAGAAAUGGCCAGUGUUCAAUGAUCAAUCUUUAUCAGAUCAAAUCAGUUGAACAAGCAAUCCUACCGAAAGAUAUGAUUCGAUUUAUUCGUAGUAAGGAUGAAGACGGCCGUAUUCCAAUGUUCCAGGAACAACACUAUUCAUACUGGUCACCUAUAUACUGGUUAAACCAACUCAAUAUAUUCAUCAGAGAUAUUGGUGAGAACGCCGGUAGCAUCAGCAACAGCAAUAAUAAUAAUAACAAUAAUAAUGCUUUUAUUCCAGGCAGUAUACUACUCCGUAUACACAUUAUAGUUAAACCAGAAUAUGCACAUUUUGAAGCAACUGUCAAAGUGAAUACAACCGAAGAGAAUCUACUUCAAGCAUUCAGUGUAUUGGAUAUUAGUCGAAUUGAUAUUUACGAAAAAUAUAAUUGGUGUUUAUUAGAUAAUGAAUUGGCUGAAAUUAAAAAAUACUGUAUAUGUAAAAAGUAGAAGUUUUUAGCAAUGUUAAAUUAUUACUUGAAGUUGAUAGAAAAGAAGAUACGUCUUUCAUGUAUAUAAACACUAAAACAGAAAUAUAUUUCUAUUGUGAUACUGAUGAUGUCCUGAAGACGAAUAUCAGUCAGCAACUAAACGAAUACUGAAUUAAACACUUUUUUUGAAAGAAUCAUAUAUUUUUACAACAUAUCAGUUAAUCCGUACUUUUUUGUAAUAUAGGUAUUUUGUACGCAACUGAAAUAAAAACAAAUCAGUG